UGAGAGAACCUACCCUUUUAUGAUAAUCAUAAGUGUUUAAUAAUUAAGUUGUAUCGUUCCUAAUCAAUAUUAUACUCAAUUACAUAAUAAAUUAAGAGUUAUUUUUCCUUCAUAGAAAUACAAUAUUUUAUGCAUGAUAUUAAAAGAUGUCCUGUUAAAUAUGUAAAUGCAAACGCUAGAAAUUGCUUAGAAAUGCGUUUGCGUAAAAUCAAUCUUAUGGAAGGGAAUACCUUCACACAACUGUAUGUAAAACUCAACUCCUUAAAUGUACAACGACAUAAAACAAUUUCUCCAUCCUCAUUAUGUUAAAUUUAUCAAUUUAAAUACAUAACGAAAAAUGAACACGAAUCAGACAAAAAAUCAAAUGGACAAGGAAUUGAAACUUGUCCAUCAGUUCCUUAUAGACCAUGAUUUUGAAAAUACUGCCGAUGCAUUGAUGGUAGAAGCAACAAUAAAAGGUUUUAAACAUUGUAAGAAAGAUUUACAGAUCGAGAGUGAUAUUUAUGAAAAUUAUUAUGAACAAUUGAUGUUCAGUUAUAAAACAGGAGAUUGGAGAACAUUCUUCAAUCUAUGGAAUUUGAUAAUAUCUGAAGAUGUUAGACAAACAAAAUCUUGUAAAAUUUUGAUGUUACAUAUAUAUGUAUAUUUUGCAAUGUUGCCUAAACGCAUGUCAAUUUUACAUUGGUAUAAAGAAAAAGAUGAAGUACAGACUAUAGGUGAAUCUAUGACAUCACAUAGUCAACAAGAUUUUGAAUGUGAAGAGAAUUCUAUGACUGAAACAGAGAAAAACAUGAAUGAUAGUAUGGAACAGUUACGUAACUUUCUAAACACAACAGGUAAAGAAUUAGAAAAAGAUAGUGAUUUAAGACCCUAUUUUGCAUUACCUUUUAUGGAGGAUCCAUAUGCAGAACCGUUUCUUUCUAAAAUAUUUGAAAAAAGUUGGUCAAACAAACUGACAAAUCAUUUACAGCUAUUUCUCAAAAAGUAUAAACAACAAAGUUUUAGUGAUACAAAGUAUAAUGAUGAAAAUUCAAACAAAUUUUCUUCAAGUUAUACAUCCUUAUCAGAAGAUCUUAAGAAAGAUGUAAUGACAAAAAAGACAAUUAAGAACACUAAUGUACCAAUCAUACCAAAUGAUAGAAACAUUCCAAUAUUCCUAGAAAAUGAUGAACUUGAAGGACAAUUUAAUUUGUAUGACAAUAUCAAAUGUAGUCAAAAGUCAAAAAGCAUACAGACAGUAUCAAUAAAUUCUUCAGAAGAAGAUAUGUGUUCGUCACAUUUUACCAGGAAGAAUAAAAAAUUGAUACAGUGCACUCAAGAAUUGGCAGUAACAAAAUCUCAUUUAUGCAGUGUUCAUUCAAAUUAUGAAAAAUUAAAAGUUAGGUUUCAUAAACUGCACGCUGAUUAUCAUAAAUUGAUGAGCAUUGCAAGAAUAUUAACAACUGCUUUAGAAGAUUCAGUAAAAGGACAAGCAAUUGAUUUCCAGGCUAUGUUAGAAACUUGCAUAAAAAUUUUCCCAGAUUUGUUUAAUCAAAAUAUAAAAGACAGUUCACAUUGUUCAUCAGAAUUAUUGUUAGAUAAAUCUCAUUCCAACAUGAAAACCAUUGAAUAUUCAAACUCAUACAAUGUAUUUAUUCCUCCAAAAUUAUUGGAUUUCAAAAAAAUCAAGUUACAUCUGAUUAACGGAAGUAUUAAAACCAAAUUAUUCCUUUUACAAGCGCUAAGAAGAAAAAUAACAUUCAGUCAAUCUGGAGAGAGAGAUGAAACAGUGCAUGAAUAUAUAAGUAAAGAUUUGUUAGGACUUCAUAGUCAAAUUGCCAGUUACAGAGGCAAAUCUAUACUACCAUAUUUAUUAACUUCACAAAAUAUUAUUAUACCACAUCCUUUACAACAAUCAGUCGCAAGAUUAUUGAACGCAUUGGCAUCGUUUAGAUGUGGAAGGGACUAUUUAUCAUUUGAUUCUACUGUCGUUGAUAUGGUAUUCAAGUGCCUGAAUAGUAUUUCUAAUAAUGAUAUAGACACAUUGACUUGCAACAUGAUGAUUGCAAUGUUACAAAAGUUAUCUUUACGUAAACAACAAAGAAUUUAUAUGAUAGAAAAUGGGUUAGUGGAAUGGUUGAUCCAUCAUCUGUAUGAUCAGUGCCGUGUUAUAGAUUCUUAUCGACUGGAAUAUGCUACAGCUCUUUUGAUGAAUUUGUCGCUACAUCAAGUAGCUCAAAAAAGAGCGUCAGCUUUAGCGCCUUUACUUAUUUCAACUUUAGUUGAUUUACUUUUAAUGGAUCAUAUAUCGGCAUUACCAUACAUUAAUGGGGCCUUAAAUAACUUCUUAACGAAUCCUUCGAUCAACGAAGAAGCAAGACGAAUAAAAUUUUCGUCUAUAAUAGAACAGUACAGUAAAUACAAAACUGGAGAAAUAAGGAAACACCUGGAUCAUAUUCUAAAGAUACAUAGAGGUGAAAUUACUAUUAAAACGGAAGACGAAGAUAUGGCAGACAAUGAUAACGAGGAAUUUGAUGUAUUGGAAACUCAAUUGGAAGAAAACGAUCCAGUAAAGAAUAAUUACGGAGAAUUGUGUGGAGAAUCAUUAUUAGAAUCAUGUUAUACAAUUUUACCAAAAGCAAUUAACAAAAACGAGAUAAUACCCGAUGAAUUAUCAUUUUCACAGAAAUUUAAAACAGAAGCAACGAAUUCUGCCAUGCAUAAUAAUCAAAUUAAGAGUUUAUCUUCUGAACGUGAAUCGAUGCAACAUGAAGAGAUUUUACCAAGAAAAUUGGCAAACAAAAAACCUAACGUGAAAACUAAAAAUAAUAUUAUAGUACUAAAAAAUUCUGUUGAAAAGACAAUGUUGUAUCCAAAAUCGCAGCCACGUGUAAUCGAAUUAAAGUAUUCCUCGACAAAGGAUCAGGAAAUUUCGAAGUUGCAAAUUGCAGAGAACAAAAAAUGGAACUCGAUGAAUGAUAAGAACUUAUAUACUUUUGUAAAAGAAACUCAUAACGAGAGUGCCAUGUAUCUCUAUGAAAAUCAUACUUCGAAGUUUGUUAUAUUUUACUCGGAGUAAGAGUCAUACAACAAGAUGAUUAAAUGAAUUUU